CAAUUACCUCAAUAUCAGUUACAAAUUACUUGAGGAUACUUAUACUUAAAUUACAAUCAUAUUCAGUUGGAAAGAGUGAAAAUCGGGCAUGGCAUUUUUGGCAUUUCUGGGCCUCCUGGUGGCGGUUGUCCAUGCGUCUCAGGAUACUCACACCGGAACUCACUGGAUAGUAAUUCCGGAUAAAUUCACCCCUGGAGCACCUCUCCCCUUAACGUUUAAUUUCUACAACACGUCCGGUGUAGAUGUUCUCGUGCAGGUAGACCUGAUACGUGACGACCACCACCGUGUAGCAACCCUUCGCCAUACAUUUAAUGAAGCUAAAUCUGAGAUCUUGCAGAUGCAGGUACCCAGCACAGGUGAUGAUCCAAACACAUACACUCUGCUUAUCAACGGUUUAAGUGGAGUAUAUUUCCAAGAGCACGGUAUCAUUCAUUAUGACUCGGGAUCGAUGCCAGAAAAGUUUGCAAUUCAUAUACAGACAGACAAAGGCAUCUAUAAACCAGGACAGACAGUUCGUUUCCGAACGUUCGGUAUUUCCUCUGAUAUGAUGGUCUAUAGUGGAGAUUUUAAUAUUUCUAUCUUCGACCCAAAAGGUAACCAGAUGAAGAAAUUGACAAAUGUAUCAGAGUCGACUUAUGGUGUGGUCGAAGAUUUUCUAAUUAUGGACACAGAACCAGUUCUAGGAAGGUGGAAAAUUACAGUCAGCACAAACAAACGAUCAUCGUCUCAUGAGGAGAAAUAUUUUACAGUGGAUAAAUAUGUACUACCGAAGUUCCAAGUAAAUGUAGAGUUACCCCCAUUUGUUGUUACUACGGACAAGGAAAUGCAUGGCACUGUCAAAGCAAAGUACACAUAUGGAAAGCCUGUGAUAGGAACUGUGAAGCUAUAUGCUGAUAUUGACUACCGUAAUACUCCAUGGAAAUACCAUGGUGAUGAAGUAAUGGUAGAAGCAGCAUUUGAUAUAAACGGCGAAGCCAAAUUCACUGUUCCAUUCAGCCGUAUUACUAAUGAAGUUGAUCCGAACUCAUAUCAACCACUUGUUGAAAAGUUAGCAGGAUACCACCUACAGAUUAAAGCUUCUGUCACAGAAAGUAUCAACAACAUAACAAGAAACGCAUCAGCUCAGGUUGUGUUCUACAAGGAACCAUACACGAUAAAGUUUGAUCAUUCGUCCAGUAUGUCGUUUUUCAAACCAGGCCUUCCUUAUAUUGGACAUGUAACACUGACACAGGCAAACGGUAACCCAAUUAUAUCUAGUACAGAAGAUGUUCGACUUGUAAGUUAUGUGAAGUUCUACGACUCUACCUCGCAUAGGUAUCGGGCUCAGUACCUCGCUGAACGAACAUACACGCCUCCACCAACUGGUAUCCUGGAAGUUUCGGUAGAUCCUCCAGUGAAUGCAACUUCUCUACAUUUAGAGGUAUUUUAUCAAGGCCUUACGGAUACACUGAAUGUCAACAAGCCGUACUGGUUAUUGGAUGAAGGUAACAUACAGCUAUCCCAAAACUCUUCUUCAGUCACGGUUGGACAACAAGCAGUAUUUGAUGUGAAGAGGUCUGAUGGAAUAAGUCAUAUUCCACUGUUUUAUGCAGUAAUUGCAAAUGAUCGUAUGGUUCAUUCUGGCCAUCUGUACGACAAUGUGUCCAGUACGAUGCAAUUGUCGUUUUCCGUCACAGACAAGAUGAAACCUUAUGGAAAGAUUGUUGUUUAUUAUUUCCACACUGACGUAUGGAACGCUGAUGCACUUUAUUUUGAUGUUAGAGAGGACGCCAAUAAGUUCAGGAACAAGGUUGCCUUGUCAUUUGAUAAAAGUACAGCUGAACCGGGAGAGAAUGUAAGCAUCUCCAUAACAAGCGACCCCCAGUCGUUGGUAAACCUGCUAGCUGUUGACCAGAGUGUACUGCUGUUGGCAUCAGGGAAUGAUAUCACCCAAGCUGAUGUGAUUUCUUCGCUGAAACUGACGUCCCAUUCAUCUUCUGACUCCAGUGAACUCCAUGAUCCUAAAAGAGUGAUGAAGACAACAGGAAUGCAGUUGCUGACUGACGUUGACAAAUUUAGCUGGGCACACCCAUAUUACAAGCGGCAGAUAGAUUGUAAUCCUCUGCCACAACCAGGAAUGACGUAUCCGCCAGCAAUGAUGUCGACACCUGCCCCGGGUAUGACAUAUGCGCCAGGCGUGAUGCCAACCGCAGUUCCAGGUAGUGGUAGUGGUGGAGCACCCCUUCAACAAGUGACACAUACAAGAGACUUCUUCCCUGAAACCUGGCUUUGGACAAACGUAACUGUUGGUGCAAAUGGCAAGCAAACCCUGACAACAACUGUACCAGACACAAUAACGUCAUGGUAUACCACUGCAUUCUCUGUCAAUAAACAAUCAGGAUUGGGAGUCACUGACGGUCCGAACAAAUUCACAACGUUCCGACCAUUUUUCAUCAACCUAAAUCUGCCUUAUUCUGUUGUAAGAGGAGAGGAAGUUGUGCUGCAAGCAAAUGUCUUCAACUACAUGGGACAGGAUCUAGAUGUUGUGGUGACUUUGGAGAAGUCGGAUGACUUCAAAGUGAUAUUAAACGACUCCGCUGGACACGUUACCUUUGUUUCAAAAGAAAUUGUAAAGAAUGUACAUAUUGAAGCUGGGCAGGCGGAAUCUGUGUUUAUACCCGUGGUAGCAAACGUUGUAGGUGUGGCAGUUAUCACAGUGAAAGCACAGACCCCGUUCUCAGCAGACAGAGUAAAGAGAGAGCUCAUUGUUGAAGCUGAGGGAACAACUAUGCACUUCAACGUGCCGUUGAUCCUAAAUGAACAUACAUCUGUAGACGUACCAUUAAGUUUCCCGCCAACUUUUGUUACUGACUCGCAGAAAAUUCAGGUCUCGGCUAUAGGUGAUACCAUGGGUCCAACCAUAAAGAAUCUGAAGAGUUUAUUACGAUUGCCAACUGGUUGUGGCGAGCAGACAAUGACAAGUCUAGCACCUGAUGUGUUUGUCUACAAUUAUCUACGCAAAACCAACAAACUGACACAAGACAUUGCGGAUAUGGCAUUAGAAUAUAUGUAUAAAGGCUACCAACGUGAACUGACAUUCCAAAGAUAUGAUGGAUCUUUUAGCAUAUGGGGUCCUAGAGACAGCAUAGGCAGCAUGUGGUUGACAGCAUUUGUCUUGAAAUCGUUCCAUCAGGCAAGACAGCAUGUGUAUGUAUCAGACACUGUUCUCGCACACGCUGCCAACUGGAUACUCCGUUACCAGAACUAUGACGGCUCGUUCCAACAAAAAGGCAGUGUACACAGUACUUCACUCAGUGGAGGAUCGAGCACUGGAUACAGUCUUACUGCAUUCGUGUUGAUUGCCCUUGCCGAAGCAGAGACUACACUUUCUCACCAUACCCAGUAUAACUACGCAUCUGGGAUAGCUAAGGCACGGAAAUAUUUAGAAGAUGCAGUACGAGGUGAUAAAGUUACAGACGGUUACGAUUUAGCAAUAAUUAGCUAUGCUUUGAGUAAAUCUGGCAGUAUAUAUGCAUAUAAUUCCUGGACAAAACUCGACAAGCUCGCCGUCAAGACUGGAGACGGGAAAAUGUUUUGGAAUUCUACAAGAAGACCUCAAUACAGCGGCUGGAUGUACAGUUACUACCAGAGCCCACCAUUGGAAAUUGAAGUUGCCUCGUAUGCCUUAUUGUACCUUAUUGACAGUAGACAACUUCAGACUGGCUUCCCUAUUCUACAGUGGCUGGUAUCUCAACGUAACUCUAGGGGAGGUUUCAGAUCUACCCAGGACACGGUCCUUGGACUUCAAGCAAUGUCAGAAUAUGGAUCUAUAUUCAAGGAUAACCUAGAUCUGACAAUUGAUGUAGAAUCUGGCAGUUUCCACAAACAAAUGCAUAUUGCUCAAAACGAGGCCAUGGUUUUAAAGCUGCUUGAUAUACCACACACGGCGAUUUCUCGCGGUAACAACAGCUUUAAUCACCCGCCUUCAGUGUCUCUACAGGGAACUGGUACUGGCUCCGCUUUAGUUCAGGUAUCAGUGUCGUUCAAUGUCGAAACAGAAGUCUCUCUUCCUGCAUUCAACAUUACAACAACAAUUUUAAGAGAAACACUGCGCUCCAUUGUACUUCGGACAUGUACAAGAUACCUACCACAAAGAUUUGUCAAUCCUGGAAUGGCGGUAAUUGAGAUAGAUCUCCCCUCAGGUUUCGCAGCAGAUCUCGAAAGCCCGGACUCAAAACUAGAUCAUGUUAGACAGUCAGAAAUAAGGAACGAAAAGACUGUUGUUCUCUACUACGACCAGAUUUUGCCGAAUGUAUAUCCACAAACUUGUGCUACUGUUGAAAUGAUCAGGACAGACCUUGUUGCCAAAACCAAACCUGCUGCCAUCCGGGUAUUUGACUACUACCAGCCAGAUAACCGUGCCCUGAUGUUCUUCGAAUCAACACUUCUGAAGGAUUCAUCAUUCUGUGAUAUUUGCAGCACUUGUGGAUGUCCUUAGAUUAUAUCAACAUACAUAUCAGAAAACAGCAACAUAAUUUCAGAUGUGAUUAACUGUCUUUGAAAUGUUGCGUACCCUUUGAAAUGUAUCUAAAUAAACGACUACCAAGCAGAA